ACGGGCUCGAAUCCAUAGUGGAACAUAUUUUAGAUGCUGCAUGUAACUUGGAGGGCUGGGUGCCUGAUGCACAGCAGACAAGUGCAUUCUGUAGGAUUUUUCUUUUCAAGUGUCCCUGAAACAGAGUCCAGUUCAAAAGGACUAAGGAUCGUCGCGAAACCCAGGUCAAAGUCCGUGAGGUCAUGGCACCUAAAAGUUCCCUGGGAUAGGCAGUGCUGAAUUCCCGAUUCAUUCAUCCCCAACGUCAAAGCUACCCAUAGACCCCACAAAAUCUGGAAAGAAAAAUCAAAAAGACCACAUCGAUCAAAACCAAAAACAAAAAAAAACAUCCGAAAAGCGCAGUCCCCAACAUCGCGUCAAGCGACAUCAUUCGCUACAAGCGCGUCAAAAGUCCGGAGCUGAAAACGUUUUUGUUCAAGGAACUUUUGGUUUCUUGUUUAUAAAUGCACCAUCCUCAAACAAUUUCAAAACAGAAUGUGUGGAUAUUUAGGCUGUGUAUCGAUGUCCUGGAUUUUCACUCUCCGCUAGUGGAUUCUAGAUAACAAAAAAAUAAAAAAAUUGCGUAGUGGGACAUUUGUAGAUCGAUGAAAUUGAUGUGGGUUCAUGAAACUACCAUUAGCUAUCAGCUAGUAUGGCAUGGCAUAUAAAUACCAGGAAGGGUAUGCUGAAUAUCCACCCUCCUUGUGAUAUUCAAACAUGACUUGCGUUUUGGGCUCUCAUAUCACCGAAGUCCUCCCCUCCUACUCCAGCUUUGGCACACGCCACACAGGAUAUCAGCAAUCUGCAGCACCACCUCCUUAUACCCGUAAUGCAGACCAACCCGCCAAGACUAAAAAGUUGGUAAACGUCUUUUCCAUCACCCUCGACAGCCCAUCCAUCCAUCUCCGUGGCGUUCAAGCACCAAUACAGGAGACAGACACCUUUCAGCGCUCACCUGCACGACUCUCUGGACGCGUGCGAUAUGAUGGAUCUAUCCCAUUUCGCAGACUUCAAGGAAUUUCAUUGCGUGUGCGAGGUGUUGAGCGAACGUAUACGAGCAAAAAUCAUGUGUACGGGCAUCGCAUGAUACUGGAUGGACGAUCGUGGCUGUGGAUUCCAUCGCAAGACGACAAAGAAGGGGCAGAUCGGGAGUUUGGCUUCUAUGUCUCUAUUCCGGAUAAUUGUCCAGCAACAUGUAUGACCGAGGACGGUUCCAUUCGGUACUUUGUCGAUGCGACGCUAGUAUUAAACAAUGGGGGAUACAAGGCAGUUGAGAGACGUGAAUUCAUUAUUCAUCGCGCACCGACAAAGUUGGAGAUGGAGCUCCUCAGUCCGGUCUGGGAUUCAAAGCAACACAAUAUUGGAAUCCGAUACACAGGACCUAGGUUACUCUUCUUGAACCCUUACACCUCCAAAUGCCCCACGCUUCAUUUUACAGUGCACUUUACGAACGCACACAGAAUCCGCAGACUGACUACAUCCCUCAUCGAAGAAACCAUUCAGAAAGGAUUUAAACCGACUCUGAACCCAUUCACGGGUCCAUCGCCAGUAGAGUGGACUCAAUCGCGGGUCGUAGGCGAGACAGAGUUGCCUGUGCCUGAGGAAGGGUUUGGUGCUCGGGGUGCAUUGGAAGUCGAGGGUGUUGCGCAGGAGGUUCAUGGGGCGUUGGUGGGAGUGAGACAUUGGGUGCUUGUGCGGAUGGUUUUGGAUGGGGGAGAAGAGGUGGAGGAAACUGUGCCUGUAUGGGUUGUCCCAGGAUUUUAGAGUAAAUAGAAAAAAGUCGGUUAGAACCUUAUUGCAUAAUUUAUCAUAAUGUGGUGAAACGAA